CUGGAAAGCAGCUGAUCCUAUUGACCAAGCGAAACAGCAGGGGGCUAAAGAGCCCAGCUGGGCCCUCCUGCACCCCCAUGUUGGAGCCCCAAUAGAAACCUUUGAGUCCAGAACAGCAGAAGAUAUCUGAAAUCAAUAAGUGUCCUCUUGAAUUUUCCGGAUCCUCAAAGAAAUUCAACAUAAAAGCUCAAAGAAUUGAUUGCUUUUCAAUGAUUGAAUGAGCAGCACUUAACUCAUUAUGGAAGCAUCCCAACAGAUCGAGAUUGGGACUAAAAAAAAGGAGUUGUUACUAAACAGAAGCUAAUGCCUUAAACAGAGCCAUCAGAUAUUUUAGAAUGCCGGAGAGACGAUCCUCCCUCCAACCUCUGUCAAAACAGCUCCUGCAGGGGUUGGUUUCUAGAAGGAUCUGUUCCAUCAUUUCUUGAGGUAAAGUUAUGCAACCUGUGUCCAGGAGGAGGAGCAGGAGGUUAGGAGUACUUCCAAGUAGGCCCUGCUUGUAAAAGAAAAAAAAAAGGAGAAGGAAGAAAACACUGAUAGUGGAGGGGAAAUCCACUGAGCCUGUUGGUGAAAGUACCCAGAGAGGCUAAAGAGUGGGAGAAGCAGCAGGCGGCUGAACGUGGAAUGACUUGGAGGAGUCAGAUUGAUAAGUGGAGGAAACGCUUGAAGAGAUAGUCUCCUUGUGGGAUCCACAGAGAAAGCAGAGAGGCAGCUGAGCAAGGGGACAGGACUGGGGCCGGGGGGAGUGGUUAGCCUGCUGUCUGUAUAUAGAGGCGGCAGACACUGACUGACAUAGCAGAUCUAGAGAGAAGGGACUCUAUAGACAAACUCCACACCUGCGACUCCCAUCCUCAGCAACAGAAAACUCUUUUUCAGUUGGAUUACAAAACCGGGAUUUCUCCUGUCUGAGAUUUACAAUGAAGCUCAUCCUGUUGACUGUCACUGCGCUGCUCCUGCUGGUAGGAGAAAGCACUUCGGAGCGAAUCCCAUCCAGGCGAACCAAGAGGGAGCUUGCGGGGCCUUUACACGUUGGCGGCAUCAGAGACCCGUAUGGGUCGUACUGUCAAAGGAGAGGAGGCUGCUGUCCCGGUAGAGAUGAUCAGUGCACUGUGCCCUACCUGGACACAAUCUGCUACUGCGACCUGUUCUGCAACCGCACCGUCUCUGACUGCUGUCCGGACUUUUGGGGCCACUGUCUGGGCAUUCAACCCCCUUUUAUUGGCGUCUGUGUUAGAAAUGGGAACAAAUUCUACACAGGACAAACGUACAAGGAAAAUUGUAACUUAUGCACAUGUGGGUCCUCGGGACACUGGGACUGUGAGAAGAACGCUUGUCUGAUCGAGGCCGACACUAUCCAUGCAGUCAAUAGAGGCAACUAUGGGUGGAAGGCAGCAAACUACAGUCAGUUUUAUGGCAUGUCUUUGGAUGAAGGCAUCCGCUACCGCCUGGGAACACAGAGACCCUCAAGGACUAUCAUGAACAUGAACGAGAUUCAGAUGAACAUGGAUCCCAAGAACAAUCAACUGCCGCGCUACUUUAACUCAUCAGAGAAGUGGCCCAACAAGAUUCACGAACCUCUGGAUCAGGGCAACUGUGCUGCUUCGUGGGCUUUCUCAACUGCAGCUGUGGCGUCGGACCGGAUCUCCAUCCAGUCGAUGGGGCACAUGACCCCUCAGCUGUCCCCUCAAAAUCUCAUCUCUUGCGAUACACGAAACCAAGGAGGCUGUGCUGGAGGACGCAUAGACGGAGCCUGGUGGUAUCUCCGCCGGCGCGGGGUUGUAACAGAGAACUGUUACCCGUACCAGCCUCCACAUCAGGCGCCUGCAGAGGUGGGCCGCUGCAUGAUGCAGAGCCGUGCGGUUGGCCGAGGGAAGCGGCAGGCCACGCAGCGCUGCCCCAACACAUACAACUACCACAAUGACAUCUACCAGUCCACACCGCCAUACAGGCUGUCUUCUAAUGAAAAGGAAAUUAUGAAGGAGAUCAUGGACAAUGGCCCUGUCCAAGCCAUUAUGGAGGUCCAUGAGGACUUCUUUGUCUACAAGAAUGGGAUUUACAAACACACCGACGUCAGCUUGACCAAACCGCCACAAUACCGCAAACAUGGCACACACUCGGUCAGGAUCACUGGAUGGGGUGAAGACAAAGAUUAUGAUGGGACGCCAAGAAAAUAUUGGAUCGCUGCCAACUCCUGGGGGAAGAACUGGGGAGAAAAUGGUUUCUUCCGCAUUGCUCGCGGGGCAAACGAGUGCGAGAUCGAGGCGUUCGUGAUCGGCGUGUGGGGCAGAAUCGCAAUCGAGGACAUGCACAACCACCACCACCGCCGCAGACACAUCUGAAGACGAGAGCCCUUGCUAGAGAUCCUUGCUUUAGCCUGAACUUUUGUUGGACGUUUUUACCUCCGAGAGGAGAAGCAAGAAUCCCAAUGCAUCCCGAGUUGGUUGGAACACAAAAUCCACUCGACUCGGCUCCUUUUCAUGCCUUUACUUCCCUCUGGGGAUGUUUGAAGCUCCUGUUUUCCUCCUCAUUUGUUCUGUAACUUAACAUUUAUGGCUUAAAAAGAAAAACAAAAAGCAUGAAGCUAAAGUGGUUUUAGCUUCUGAUCAUGGAGCUCAGGUAAAUCUACCAAACAUCCCAGAAUCCUCUGAGAAAUAUCCAUUAAUUUGAAAAUUGAGAUAUCUGAAGUCUGAUCUGAUCCUUUUAUUCUAAAUCUAUAAUCAAGAAACCCAAAACCAAAGCCACAAGAAAAUCUAUGAACAAGAUUAUCAGACAUCAGUCCCUUUCAGAGAAGACACACCCUCGACCGGCGUAACUCGAUAAUAUAUCAUAGAUGAGCGCACUGACGUUCGCCUGUCAGCCGCACAAAGGCAGAGCCUCACGUGUCCCCCCGGCUUUCAGAGGACACUUGAACAGAGUUUUAGUUCUCACACAUUCCUGUAAAAACCGUAGAGCAGACACUGGAAACACGAGAAGGUUUUGCUGCAGGACGUGACAUUACACCGAGAACCCAAGUCACCAAGCUCCUCCCCCUUUUGGUCUGUUAACCAAAGAUCAGACAGCGUAGACUCAGAGAGCCUCUCUGCAUUCCUGACCCACUGUUUUAUCUCUGAUGCGUUGAAUAUCAAAGAAGCUCAUCGCUGCAAACACAGUCUUAAUGUCUUCAUCUGUUACAGUUUUUAGCUUACAGCAACAUUUCUUGCUUAAUUAUGCUAGAAAACACACUUGUUUGCUGUUCAAAAAAGCCUUCAAAACAUCAUUUUGCUUUUUUAACCCAACAUCAGAAGCUGUGUAGUGCUGCUAAGCUCAGUCUGUGCCACAAUGUGGGUCUUUGUGCAUUUGAUGGAGCCACUUCUUUUUUGUUGUUUUUUAGCUAACACUUCUUACUGUAUAUAUGGCCGUUUUGGUGCCACCGUUUCUGAUGUCUGGUGGAAUUGUCUGCUACAGUGUCGGAGCGCCUUUCAGAUGUCUUUAUCGCAGGUUUCCUGUGAUUACAUCUUCACCUGCUUUCACUGGAACUUCAAAAGGAUUUUUUUCUCUGACAUCUUGUGAUCUUUAAGUUCUCCCCCUUUAGGCAUGACUAAGCAGAAAUGGUAGAAGAGUAGGAGGGAUUGGAGGCAUAGCUGAGAAGAUGAGUGGAGUUCCGCAGAAAAAAGAGGAUUACUCUAGAGGUUUUUUUGUCUUAUGCCGUCAACUGAUUCUUCAUCACAAUAAGGUAAUCUAAAGAUUUGCAGUAAUUGGUAUUUCUCAUUGGUGAGACAAUCAUCUCUUAAUUUUACGUCCAUGCUACGUUCACACCGGGCUCAGAAACAUGCGUUCAAGCAACCACUUCCAAUGAGAAGUCUAUACGUAUUUAAGUUAAAACUCUCACCCUUGAGCCGCACUACUACGUUUUUAAGCCAAUUUUUGGGCUCUACGUACAAAGUAUGCAGCAAUUGAGCACGCCUUGAAAGUUAAAGUUUUUUAGUCCAAUCACAAGCUCAUUGAUGUCACAGUUCAAUCAGUUGAAAUUUUUUACGCGAACUGUGACCAAUCAGAGGCUUGGAUUUGGUAGUGACAUGUGGGUGGCGUCCACUUCAAAACACGGAAGUACUAACCGUUGUUAACAUGACCACAAAAGAGAAAUUCAUAAUUGCAGUUUGUGUCUAGUGGGAUUAUUACGUCACCAAGUUUUAUUGAAACAGAGCUCGAAAACAAAAAGAUGGACCGAAAUUUGCACCACUUUGACUUUUCGCUCCGAGCCGCUACCUAUUGUAAAUGGCGGACGAGCGCUUAUGAACAGUAAAAACACAAAAGAAGAAGAAUCCCCUCCCUGUCUCUAGCUGCGGUGUGAACAGCACCGGCUGCAUGUUCAUAAAACCUCGUAGAGAGUGUUCUUGAACGCACCACACUCGUCUGACGUAAAUGCAGUAUUUAAGAUACAUUCACACUGGCCGCAUUGAGCCAAUUUCAACGAAAAGUCUUCAUAAACACAUGUAACUCUUGUUGUGUGGUUCCACAUUCACAGCUCUGGCGUUCAUUCUUCUUUGGUUGGACACCAUAAGCUACAAGCACAUAUAAUAAUUCCCGUCUAGCCCAUUUCUGAAAACAUCACAGGCCCGAUGUGGACGUAGCAUCAGAAUAAAAGACAAAACAAACAAACAAAAAAAAACUAUCAUUUUAGUUACUUUGAGAGUGCAAACAUUGCACUUCAAUCUUAAGCAGGUUGUGAACUUUGAAUGCUGGGAAAUCCCUCAAAGGGGAGAAGAGGAAAUUGACCAAAGCCGGACUUUUCGUUUUCACCUGAAGCCUCUUUGAUCUGAACGUUUUCAUGAGACGAGCUCAACCAGGGGUCACCUCAGUUCAGCUUGAUGCUAGCACCUAGUAUAUAUAUUCAGAUAUAAUUCUCCAAAUACUGUAUGUAAAGGACCAAUUUCACUAGUAUCACUAAUAAUAAUGAUAUUUCAAACAUUACUUUGAAAAAUAAAAGCCUUUCAGCUACACGACCUUUCCUCCAGCAGACACUUACUCUGUCGUUGUGUGUUUAGUGGGAAAAUGAACCGCUGCAUGUACUUGUGUGAAGUUUUUAUUUAUGACAAACUGUGUAAAUUGUAAAACUUUUUUUUCCUGGUUGUUUUUCUUGUUCAUUUUUUUUCUGUCAUGUGCACAAAAUGCAAUACCACAUUAGUGUUGAUUUCCAGUAAAAAAUCUCUUCCAAACCAAA